GCGGCUUUACUAAAGUCGGGCCUGUAAUCGGCUUCCGAUGGGAAAACGGCCCGCUGCUCGUUCUGAAAUGCUUCUGGAAGCGUGAUUGAAAUCGUGCUGGUGCUAACAGAUACACACGAGCACGCGGCUCCAGUCUCUGGAUCGAAUUCAUUCGCUCCCUCCCCUUCUUCUCCAGAUUCGCAAAGACAACUAGGGUUUUCUGCGUUCUUCUUCAUUCGCUGCUCGAUUUUUCAUUCGAUGAGGCUCUUGCAAUUCGGUUUAUUGCUAGCUUUGGCUUCUGGAUUCGCAGCUAUUCUCAUCUACAUCACUGGAGUAUCCAAUCUAUACGGGAAAUCUUCCAUUUCAGACGAAGAUUUGGAAGCAUUGCAAUCCCUCCAAAGCGGUUUUCAGAAGUGCGUGAGAGCAAAUGGGUUAGGUUUGCAAGCUGUGAGUGGGAAAGAUUAUUGUGAAGUCACAAUUAAUUUUCCGAGUGACACCGUCCCAAAGUGGAGAGAUCUGAAAACAGGAGAACUUGAAGGUUUAUCAUUUGAUUUUAAUCUUUGUGAGGCUGUGGCUACAUGGGAACAGGUUCGUAAUAGUAGCACUAUCCUAACGAAGGAGUUCAUUGAUGCUUUACCGAAUGGAUGGGAGGAAUAUGCAUGGCGUAGGAUUAAUAAAGGAGUGCUUCUCAACCACUGUAAGAAUAAGACGCUUUGCAUGGAAAAACUUUCUCUGGUACUCCCUGAAACACCACCAUAUUUUCCACGGCAGUUUGGUCGGUGUGCUGUUAUUGGUAAUUCAGGAGAUCUUUUGAAGACAAGACUUGGCAAGGAGAUAGAUGGUUAUGAUGUUGUUAUUAGAGAAAAUGGUGCACCAAUCCAGAAUUAUACAGAGUUUGUUGGCAAGAAAAGUACAUUUCGCCUGCUUAAUAGAGGAUCAGCCAAAGCUCUUGAUAAAGUGGUAGAAUUAGAUGAAACUCGGAAGGAGGUUUUGAUCAUUAAAACAACAGUUCAUGACAUCAUGAGCAAAAUGAUCCGGGAAGUUCCAAUACACAAUCCUGUAUAUCUUAUGUUAGGCGCAUCCUUUGGCUCUGCAGCAAAAGGAACUGGGCUCAAGGCUCUUGAAUUUGCUCUUUCAAUUUGUGAAUCUGUGGAUAUGUAUGGUUUCACUGUGGAUCCUGGUUACAAGGAAUGGACUCGAUAUUUCUCAGAAUCUCGAAAAGGUCAUACACCUCUACAGGGUAGGGCUUACUACCAGAUGAUGGAGUGCUUGGGUCUUAUCAAAAUCCAUUCUCCUAUGCGAGCAAAUCCAAAUCGUGUUGUGAAGUGGGUGCCAAGCCGAAGCAUGAUUAGUGCUGCUAGAAUUGCGUCUGAGAAAUUGUUGAGAAGAGUUGGAGCAGGAUCUGGCGACCCGCUAAAUGCAUGUUCAAUUAUUAAGAAACAAGUUAAGAGAAAGCCUGCACAAACUUUUAGACUCAAAAGGGCUGUUGUUCAGCAUCAGAAUUUUGUUAAAGGUGCAACCAUGUACCCACUGGAGCAUAGUCCUGGACACGGUCUGCUUUGCACGGUGCCAACCGGCUGAACCUGUGGAAACUGGACAUGAUAUGCUAUGUGAGGCACUUCCUGAAAGACACAGCAUGAAACAAAUUUUUUGUAGGUCACACUGUACAUUGGACACUGGCUAGUGGUUUCAACGAGAAGAACUGCGUGCUAAGUCCAUUUAUACUCCUAGAAACAGCUGCAUCCAUCCUGCUCUUCAAAAUUUUGAAAGCAUUGCAGUUCUCACAUUUCUUCCUUUAUGAAGUGCUCACAGUUUUCCCUUCUGUUUGUCGAUGAGGAAAAUGUAAGAAAAUGCCAGAAAUGAAGAAUAUUCAAAAUUUAUCUGAUGCCUUAGACUGUAGUAUUGUUCUUUAGCAUUGCGAGCAACAUUAAUGAUAUUGAUGUAUAAUGGUUCUUAUUCCCAUUUUUGUGGAUUAUCAUCUGAUACCUAAACUUUCUUGUUUCUUCUUAAACUUUUAUCAAAUCCUGCCCGAACUUUUUGUUCC